UAAAGCUUUGUAAGGUUAGAUAACUAGUUUUUUAACUGAAACAUUGUGGUUUGAUAACUUUUCUUGUACAACAUGUCAGAUUCUGAAUCAGACAGUGAAAGUAAUCGAAGUGUUAACUCUAAUCAAGGUCCAGCACCAACACCAGGUCAUGGUUUGGAUAGAUCAGCAUCAAAUUCUCCCAGAGAAUACAGUAAAUCCCGAGACGGUAGCCACGAAAGGUCAGUUAGUCGACAGUCUGAGAGAUCUGAGAGCAGAUCUAGAUCUGGAAGUGCUGCUUCGAAUAGAUCAGGGUCCCAUAGAUCAGGUAGUCCAAAUAAGUCGGUUAGAUCUAGGUCGGAAUCUGCUGGAUCUAGAAGAUCUGCCUCUGCUGAAUCUAGAAGAUCAGGUUCUGUUGCUUCAAAUAAGUCAGAGUCUGUUGCUUCAAGACGUUCAGGGUCUGCUGGCGCACAAAGGUCCCCAUCUGCAGCCUCUCAUAGAUCAGAAUCUGCAGGUUCACACAGAUCUAGGUCGGGAACCCCAGCUUCAAAGCGGUCUGGCUCGGCAGCUUCUAAAAGGUCAGGAUCUAACGCUUCCAAAAGGUCAGAUUCUCAAACUUCGCAAAGAUCCGGCAGUGCUGGUUCAAAUAGGUCCAGAUCUGGUUCACCUGCCUCAAAAAGAUCAAGGUCACAAUCUGCUCAUUCUAAUAGAUCAAGAUCAAAAUCUGUUGUGUCCAAUCGAUCAAGAUCCAAAUCUGUCGCUUCCAAUCGAUCAAGAUCUAAAUCUGUCACUUCCAAUAGAUCGCAAAGAUCUCGAUCUGGUUCUGCUGCUUCUAAAAGGUCAAGGUCAGGAUCUGCUGCUUCUAAAAGGUCUAGAACUGGAUCACCAGGUUCCAGAAGGUCUCGCUCAGGUUCUGCAGAUUCAAGAAGAUCAGGCAGUGCAGCAUCUAAUAAGUCACAAAAUAGAUCAACUCAUUCUAAAUCAAGAUCCAGGGAAGGAUCAAGAGACCGUAGUGGCUCAAACAGUCCCAAUUUACAAAUUGAUGAAGAUGAAGAAAAAGGUGAGAAAAGGCAAAGAGAUAGCUCUGAAGAACGAGAAGGAAAGAAAAAAAUGAGAGUUUUAGACUCUGACAGUGAAGCUGAAGGAGAUGCAGAAAAAGUUGAUGCUGCUGAUAUAUUUGGUGAUGCUGAUGACAUUAGCAGUGAAGAAGAAAAAGAGAAAGCCGAAUCGGACAGAGAGGAUGGGCGUCACUCACGGUCUGACGAUGGAAGACGUUCACGUUCAGAAGAUGAGGCAGAACAAAGGCCACUUAUUGAAGAUGACGAAGACAAAGAAAAUGAACCCGAACCAAUUCCAGAAACACGAAUAGAUGUAGAAGUUCCAAAAAUUAGCUGUGAUUUAGGAAGGGAUAUCAAUUUUGUUAAACUACCUAACUUUUUGUCAGUUGAAACCAGACCGUUUGAUCCGGAGACAUACGAAGACGAAAUUGAUGAAGAGGAAACUUUGGAUGAAGAAGGACGAGCAAGACUUAAACUAAAGGUAGAAAAUACAAUAAGGUGGAGGGAUAUAAUGGAUGAUGAAGGAAAUGUUAAAAAAGAAUCGAAUGCCAGAUUUGUUAAAUGGUCUGACGGAUCUUUUAGUUUACAUUUAGGAGCCGAAAUUUUUGAUGUAUAUAAACAACCAUUGCAGGGUGACCAUAACCAUUUGUUCAUUCGACAAGGAACUGGUCUUCAAGGACAGGCUGUUUUCCGAACUAAGCUCAGUUUUAGGCCUCAUUCCACUGAAAGUUUCACCCACAGAAAGAUGACAUUAUCUCUGGCCGAUCGCUCUACGAAAACUUCUGGAAUUAAAAUAAUGUCUCAAGUUGGAGUCGAUCCUGAUUUAGACAAAGCUACUAGAAUUAAGAAAGAAGAAGAAAAACUAAAGCAAACUGCAACAAAACCAAAAACAAUACGAAAGAAAGCUGAUGGAGGAGCAAGACUACACGCAACAAGCUUUUCCAGGGAAGAAGAAGGCAGUGAUGAUGAGGGAGCCAUUUCUCUCAAUGCUAUUAAAAAUAAGUAUAAACAUGGAGCACAUGUUACACAAAAAGGAGGAGCUAUCUAUUCCUCUGACGAAGAAGGAUCGGAUAUUGAGAAUAGUAGGACAAGAAAGCAUGGAAAAUCUAGUGCACUUAAAGAUUCUGAUGAGGAUAGUGACAGUGAAUAAUAGUCUUAAGUAUUUAUUCAUAAAAUUUUUAUUACAAAACUGUAAAUAUAAAAUGCAUUAUAUUGAGAUUA